UCAAAGAUCAGCGUUUCUCUUCGGCUUUUGCCCUGUCAGGAGCUUUUGUAUUUCUUCCUCUGUCUCUCUUUCGUUCUCCAUCCAAAACAAAGACCCUCCACCUAGGCACCCACCUGGGCUUCGGCUAAAACUGGCUAACUCUCAGGAAGCUCAGGAAGAAAGUGAUUCUUCUAGUAACCAAAGGGUAGUUCUCGCCCUCUAUGACGCCCUGAGCACCCGCGACGUGGCCACUGUGCACCAGAUCGUCGCCACCGACCUCGAGUGGUGGUUCCAUGGUCCGCCAUCUCAUCAGUUCUUGAUGCAACUUCUCACCGGCAGUGCUACAGCCUCUGCCUCGUCCUUUAGCUUCAUCCCCCAGUCCAUAACCUCCUUCGGGCCCACUGUCCUCGUCGAGGGCUGCGAUCGCGCCUGCUCCAUUUCCUGGGUCCACGCCUGGACCGUCUCUGAUGGGGUAAUUACUCAACUCAGGGAGUACGUCAACACGUCCCUCACCGUCACCCGCCUCGGAAACACCAGCCCAUCUUCACCCUCCAAGUCGAAUUUCGCGUCCACGUCAUCAGCAUCAUCGAAGGCUGAGAUCACCUCACUCCAUUGCCCGACCCUUUGGGAAAGCAGCGUCUCUAGUCGGGUCGGAAAGUCCGUGCCGGGUCUGCUCCUGGCAAUAUAAUAAAUAUCGCUCUCUCCAUCUGUCCGAUCCGCUACAGCUGUUAGUACUAUUCCCAUAUAUUACAAUAAAUAAAAGGGUUAAUUUAUGGGCUGAGCUGGAAUCCCGGAAUGUACACCAAGUAGAGAGAUGUGAUUCCGUACUUAAUUAGGUAGUGUUUUGGUUUUAGGUUUGUGUUUUGUGUGCUUUUAUCUUCAUUGAAAAGUGUUAAGGGAAUCAAAUAAAUAAAAUUUAUAAAAAUUUUCAAUGUGAUAAACCGUAAGUGUAGACAAGGAAGAGAGAAUUACAUUUUUUAAAUUUAAAAACCCUUGCCACGUCAGUUUAAAAACUUUUAUGAAUUCAUUUGUUUGGCUCCCUAAUAUUUCUCUUUAUCUUUUGGUUUUGUCUUUGUUGUCCGAGUGUGUGCCGGAGUCGAGCCAGGUAGGUGGAACCAUGACGGUGGAAUAUUCCUAUUGGUCAUCAUAUCCCAUUGUAAUCCCGUGUUUGGAUUAUGCAAUAG